AAUACAGAGCUCUGUGUUUGUCGCGUCAAGCAAAUUCACGUUUCACACUUGCCAAGACGAAGCUGGGGUCGGAGGACAGCCGACUUCAAAUUGAAAUGCGUUAACCGUAACUAUAUCACUAUCCAGAGAAAUAAAAGAUAACCUGUAAUUGUUUCGGCAUUGAAAAGGUGAAGAUUCUGUGCGGUUACAUGGGAACAUUGUGUUGAAAAUAAAAUCAUGCUGUUCCAGAAUUGCAACGUGUUCAUCUUCAGACAUAGGAAGAUAUUUAUUAUAGUGACAUCUUUGCUUUUGUUAGCAGGCAUAUUGUAUUAUAGUAACAUCUCAAAAUCGCCUGUACGAUACUCCAUACAACUUCAAAAAAGCGAUGAUGAUAAUUUUGUAAAUGCUACGCCAAUCAAUAGAGCAGUCUUCAAAACUGAUUUCAAUCAAGAUUUCAUUCGGUUUAAUGGUAGAAGUACAUUUCCAAUAUUGUGCAAUUCAUGUGCAUUAGUAAGCAGUGCCGGUACAAUGCUCGACAGCAAAGCUGGGAUAGAAAUAGAUAGUCAUGAUUGUGUUUUGAGAAUGAACAAUGCUCCCACUGCAACAUUUGAAGAAGACGUUGGGUCAAAAACAACAUACAGAAUAUUUGCUCAUUCAUCAGUCGUAGAUGUCAAAAAUUAUGCACGAAUAACUCCAGAAGAAGUUGCAAAUGCCUUGUUUCUAGUUUGGGGGCCGAAGAAGAAUUUGGAACCGGGAAAAAUAACAAAUAGACAUUUAAAAGACAUCGUGAAACAAAAUCCUGAUAUCAAUCUUCAUGUUUUAAGUCAAAAUAGAGUUGAAGAUGCGGACAAUCGCUUCGAAAUGGAAACUGGGAAAAAUCGUAUGAAAUCUGGAGCAUAUUUGUCAACUGGGUGGUUCAGUAUUUUAUUUGCUAAAGAUAUAUGCAAGCAAAUCCAUAUUUAUGGAAUGGUAGAAGAUGAUUACUGUGAAAAACAGCUAGUUAAAUUGUUUAAAGAUGUCCCAUAUCACUAUUAUAAAAAAGGCACUAAUCAGUGUUCUACUUAUAGAACACAUGAAUAUGCAAGAGCUGGUGCACAUCGAUUUCUCACUGAGAAAAGAGUAUACAAAAAGUGGGCUAAAUCGUGGAAAAAUAUAUUUUUUCACCAUCCUGAGUGGGACUUAAAAUAGUGAAAUGAAUGAACUGUACAGCUGCCUGAGAAGAUUCCUUCUUGUAUGGAAUUGUUUCAUAAUUGAGUGUGUGUUAACGAAGUUUCAUACCUAAUUGCUUUCAUAGAUACUUUGGUCCAAACAAGCUUCUAACUGUUUUAAAUGAUUGUCUUUUUAUGAAUAUCCAGUGGUGGGAUUCAAAUUUUUUGUCAGCCGGUUCCAUCACAAAAGCUAUAUUUUUCGGCUGGUUCUGUUACAUGUUUUUUUAGCAAUGCUAACUGAUUCGCUGAUCUCAUAAAAUUCCGUGAGACGGUUCUAUAGAAGCGAUGCGAACCGGCUGAAUCUCCUCACUUGGGAUAUCUAUUUAUAUUCAGGUUACCCUAACCAUGUGUCAGGCAUCUGUGUUUCAAGCAGUUUUGUAUUUCAAUAUGUUGUAGAUAGAAAUACGAAUACAUGUAGACGUAUGUAACCAUGAGCAAUCUCAACUAUUCACAUUGUAUUAGCUAUGAAUACCUUUAAUAUCACUGUUGUGCACUUCACUGUUUAUAUGUGGUUUUAUUCAGAGAUUUAUAAUCGUUUACCCUGUGAAAAUUUUGAUUUAUGCUGGAUUUACUUCGCUUAUUAUCCUACAAUUAACCUCAAGAAGUGCUUGUUUUUUUUAAUUCAACCCUGUUCAAUUAUUUAUUUUUUGUGAUUUCUUUGACUUCUUCAAGAUGUAUUUUUUAAAUUUUGUCUUAAUUUGUCAUAUAAAUUUCUGUGCCAACUAUGCAAUCACAAUCCAUAUGUGCAUCGAAAGAUAAUACCUCAUAGUCAUAAUGAAAUAAAAUCAUGGUGCAUUACAUAUUUACUAUUUUGUUUCACUCGGUAUAAUUUCUUGCGUUGAUACUGUCAUUAUGGUUAUAGAUUUUACUGAUUUACGAUAUACAAUGUUUAUUAUCUAAUCGUAUUUAAUAAUUGUUCACUGUGUGUGUUCUAUUAUUUUUAUUAGUUUGGUGCAUGGAAUUGAUUGUCCUGAAAUACAUUUCUAACUAAUCAUGAUAAAA